AUGACAACGCAAACGGGCCCCGUCAUACCUCCCCGGCCGUCGAGAUCGCCUGCCGAAAAGACCGCAGACAUGCCGAAGAUCCCUCCCCGUCCUACCCACCGCAUUGAUCGCACCGCGUCCCCCAUGGGCUCAAAUUACGCCCCUUCUCCGUUGAACGAGCCCCCAAAUGGCUCAACGCUGUCCAAAACAGUCUCCAAUGAUAUGCCCGCUCGUCCUCCUAGUGUGACGAUACCGUCGCUCGGGGAAGAAGGCAUUGAAUAUCAAGAUUUGGAUGCCUUGAAUGCUUCGGACAGCCAUAAUACUACACCCGCGGAGACCCGGAACGUGGGCAGCGAUCUGAAGCUCCACGCACCUCGGCCAUCGCUCCCGACCUCUAGCGCCAAGGCCAAGGUGCAGGCCGUCACUCGCACAGAUUCCAGCCAGGCUGUAGCGGCAGGUUUCGGCGCGAUCGGCUCACCGGAACAAGAUGAGCAGCAGGAACGGUCUUCCCGUUCCAUCUACUCUGUCCAGGGCUCGCGAGCAGCCUCUUCAACAGCAUCUUUCGAGCGGCCACGUUCAAUUCACGAUGAGGAGCAUGGAAUUCCCGAAAUCGGCCAGCGUGUUCCGAUGUUAGCCAACGCCGGCGAUGUACAAGCACCUUCUCCCAGCCCUUUCCUUGAGCAACCGGGUUCGCGGUCUGGACGCGGCCACCAUCGAACUCGCAGUGGCCGGGAAGCUUCCUUGCCUCCUGGUAGCUACGGUCUCCAUGGCCAUGGCGUUCCUACUAACGACAAGUUUGAAAAGGCCUGGUAUGAAAAACAUCCUGACGAAUAUGCCAAGGAGGAACAAGGGCACUACGGGUCUGGUGUGGGCACGCCCCGACCUGAUUGGGCCUUGAGUAGCGAUGACCUGAACAAGAUCGUUCGUGGCUCUGCCGUUACUGGCGCGGGACUAGGGACGUCUCCUGCUAUAACCGGUACGCCGGAAGAAGAGCUCGGCUACCUCGCCUCUGAAGAAUACACCCAACGCCUCACUUCUCCGACACCAGACUCAAAACGUGACUCCCGCCCUACCGUGGAAUCCCCACUCAAGAAUUCAAGCGCCCCGGCCGCAGAAGCAGGGGAAAAAGCCAAGGAACAGCCUUCGUUUAUCCACAUUGACGAGCCCUACCACCAUCGCGACCAUCCUGAUGGUUUUGCUCUUACGCCGGAUCCACAAGAAAUUGCCAAUAAGGGCAAAGGAGAUGAGGAGGAUGAACCAAUUUUGGCUGCUGAUGAAGUACGCCCUGAAUCUGCUUAUCAGCACGCCGCAGUAUCACCUACCUUCAACCGGAGAGAAAGCCAUGAUUAUGAAGGCCGGAGUCGAACCCCUAGCGUCAACGGGAGUCGUUCAAACAGCAGAACCGCCGGCCGCCGUGGCAGUACACCCGUUCUUGCCAGAUAUAACUCUCAUGAAGAUCACGCACCUCUCGAAGAUGUUGAAGAGUACGAGCCAUUAUUCCCCGAAGAUGAGUCGAAAGAGAACAACCCAAUGUCUGCAGCGGAACGUUUCAAAAAGCGCCCAGACACGCUCAAGCACCGAUUUCCUAGUGAGGAUAUCUGGGAAGAUUCUCCCAACAGUCACCAACUUCAUGCCACUGUCUCCACCCCAGAUAUUCCCAAGGAAAGCCGCUUUGAAACUCCGGAGCAAGAAGAGGCCCGCAAAACUCGCGAGCCCAGUGUCGACAGCCAUCAGGUUGCGCAACGCAUCCUGCAUUCUGAAGAGCCAGCUUCCCGUCCAGGACUUGCAAAACAGAGGUUUCCCAGUCGGGAUAUCUGGGAGGAUGCACCAGAAAGUCAAACAUUGGUGACAACAAUAGAGCCUCCAGAAGAGAAGCAGACGAGCCCGGAUGUCCCAUCCAAACCGGCUAUUCCAGCCCGGCCUGAAAAACGACAGCCUCCCCAAGUGGAUGUCUCCACCAAACCAACCUCGCCCGUUGAGAAGCGACAGCCACCCGUCAUCCCAGAUAGACCUAAGCCCCAAAUUCCCGCACGACCAGCCAAUCGUGUUUCACGUUCAAACGGUGACGAGGCACAAGAUGCAUCAGUCAAAUCAAAACCAGCUGUUCCAGCUCGCCCAAUAGGGGGUAAAAUCGCUUCAAUCAAAGCGGGCUUCCUAUCUGACUUGAACUCCCGUCUGCAGCUCGGCCCGCAAGCACCUCCGAAGCCUGAACCAAAGCAAGAAACACCUGCCGAAAGGGGUCCAUUAAGUGACGCUCGGAAGGGCCGAGCUCGUGGACCUGCGCGAAGAAAGCCUGCUGUCGAGAGCCCCGGCGCCAGACUACCGACGAUUCCCGAGAUCAAGAUAACAGAGACGUGGAACGUCUGGGAAGUUCGUGAAGACGGCCAGCUAAUUGUCGGUGACGGCAACAAGGGCAACAAAGCUAGCACAGCCUCCGCUUCAUCAGACCCCUGGGACACCCCGAUGGCACCACCUUUAGCUCGAAACAUGGCGGGUGGCGCAGUCGAUCCUCCAAGACAGCCCACAAAAGAAGAAGUCCUCGAGCCAACGUCAACAGGCACAUCUUCCGAGUUAGAACAGGAGGCUCCCAAGGUGGAACCUACAGAGGCGAAAUCUAUGAAGGAAGAAGACUUAUCUUCAAGCAUACCAGGUGGCUUCGAUUCGUCAGAGAAAAAGGUUGAAACCCCGUCUGCUGUCUCGGAUGACAAGGUCGAGAGUGUUCCUGAGUCUUUUGAGAAACAAGUUGACAUCACGUCCGCUGUCUCCGGCGACAAUGUCGAAGCUGUCUCUGAGGACCUAACUUCCAGUGCUGAUGGCAAGAAACUCUCUGAUGGCGAUGAGACGGUGUCAGCAUCACGCGACUAACGCGUUCACAUUGGUCUCUUUGUUCUUGUCUCAUCGUUCUGUCAUUGUCCACCUUAUGUCUUUCGUUUAGUAACCUAACCUUCUAUGAGGAUGUAACUAGCCUAUCCUACUUAACCUAGACAUGUGACUUGCUGCAUGUCGCAGCUCCGACUACUGCAGCCACACCUGAACACGGUAUCUUAAAUUCGUA